UACUGAUUCAGUCAUCAGUGGUCAUCUUACCCAACCUGGCUGAGACUGGCUUCUUUCAGCACUUCAUAAACCGAAGAUGGUAAUUAGAUGAAUACAACCUUGUAAAAUUAACUAAUGCUUGUACAUCCCGUAGGUGUAAUAUGAAGAUAUAAAGGCAUGACAUCUUGCUGAUUCCCAUGUUGGGUUGAAAAGAUCUUUCUAAUCUUCUAUGGCUGAUGGGAGAAAAUUGAUAUUGAUGGCCAAGGUACCUCCUGCAGAAAGUUAGAGGAAGGACAGAAGAAGAAAGCACCAUGUCUUCGGUCUCAGCUUAUUACAAUGGAAAGAACGUACUUAUCACAGGAGCUACUGGUUUCAUGGGCAAAGUACUGGUGGAAAAGCUUCUGCGCUCCAGCCCUGAAGUGAAAGCAGUUUAUAUACUUGUCAGGCCAAAGGCUGGACAGUCAAUGCAAGAGAGAGUGGCCAACAUGUUGAAAUGCAAGGUCUUUGACAGGGUCCGAGAAGAUUGCCCUAAUUUCCAUGAGAAGAUUAAGCCUAUUAAUGCUGAACUCUGCCAACCCAAGCUGGCCAUCAGUGCUGAAGAUGAAGAGGAGCUUCUGACCCGGGUCAAUAUUGUCUUCCACUGUGCAGCAACGGUUCGCUUUGAUGAACCCCUGAAACACGCCCUCCAACUGAACACAAUGGGCACGCAGCGGCUCCUAGAGCUGGCCCGGCAGAUGCAGAACCUUGAGGCCUUCAUCCACAUCUCCACCGCCUAUGCAAACUGCAUCCGGAAAAGCAUAGACGAGAUCAUCUACCCACCCCCAGCUGAACCCAAGAAGCUCUUCGAUUUAGUAGAGUGGUUGGAUGAAUCUAUCAUUCAAGACAUCACACCCAAGCUGCUUGGGGAAUGGCCCAACACUUACACCUACAGCAAAGCCUUGUCAGAAUACGUGAUUCAGCAAGAGAAAGGAAACUUGAACAUUGCUAUCAUCAGGCCAUCCAUCGUGGGAGCUAGCUGGCAUGAGCCUUUCCCAGGUUGGAUUGACAGCUUCAACGGGACAAGCGGAAUAUUGAUUGCGGCGGGCAAAGGGAUUCUGCGGACUGUCAUCGCCAACAACGAAGCAGUGGCAGAUAUGAUUCCAGUAGACAUCACCGUCAACCUCACCCUCGCCGCUGGGUGGUACACCGCUGUGCACAGACCAAAAAACAUACUGGUGUACAACUGCACAACAGGUGGAAUCAACCCUUUCUUCUGGGGAGAAAUGAGGCAAUAUGCCAUCUCCACGUUCAAAAGGAACCCGCUGGAGAAGGCCUUCCGAACUCCCGGCGCUCAAAUAACGUCCAGCUACUUGAUAAACCAGUACUGGGUAUAUCUCACUGACAAGGCAUGGGCCAUCCUCUACGACCUGUACAUGAGGCUCACGGGGAGAAAGCCCAGAAUGAUGAAGAUUGUCAAGCGACUGCACAAGUCUAUGAUGCUCUUGCAGUAUUUCUCCACCCAGUCCUGGAAUUGGUCUUCAGACAACAUGAAUAUGUUAAUGAGUCAUCUUAACACAGAGGACAAAAAGGUAUACAACUUUGAUGUUCGUCAGCUGCACUGGUCAGAAUAUAUCGAAAGCUACUGCCUAGGUGCUAAGAAGUACUUGCUAAAUGAGGACAUGUCUGGCAUUCCAGCAGCAAAGCAGCACUUACGGAAUCAGAGGAACAUCCGAUACGCAUUCAACAUCACCCUCUUUGUGAUCAUCUGGCGUAUUUUCAUUGCAAGGUCACAGAUGGCUCGAAACAUCUGGUACUUUGUGGUGAGCCUCUGCUACAAGUUCCUUUCCUACUUCAGGGCAUCCAGCACCCUCAGGCACUGAAGCCGUCCAUCCACAACCAGUCUCUUCCAGAAGGACCUCCAUCUCCUCUAAUCAGCAACUAUGGGCAUCGGGGUCUGAAAGUAGCAGAAAAAUCCACUCCCUCCAACAGCAGCCUGCAUUUAUUGUGCACUGUUAUAUGCUCACAUUUUUAAUUUUAACUAAUGCUUUACUAUAUGGUGGUCUUUCUUCCAUAGGACCAGGCCAAUUUUUAAAGCCAUAACUCAAACUGGAACCAUUCAUCUAGAGUCUGAUGUGCAAAAGUGAGGAUUAACCAAAGUCAUUGUCUUCCCAAGCACUACCUAGGCUAUCUUAAUCCCAUCUUCUUCCUCAAAAGAGGCCAGUUUAAAGCAUAAAACUUGGAAGAAAAGGAUGCCAUCACAGAAGACCCAGCCAAGGAAAUUAACCUGUAAGAGGUCUUCCAAAAGAGGCUAUUCCUUCAUUCUCAUUCAGUGAAACGGUACCCUAUUGAAAAACAUGAUUUAACAUUUUCAGUUUUUCAAAACUUAGAGGGGGAAAAAAAGAACAGUUACACUAGGCCAACAAACACACUGAACAGUUCUCAGACCUUGUCUUAUAUUGCUACUGAGGACCAAUACUUUCAAGCCAUAACUGAAGACACACGUAGAAUUCAUGCACCUGUGUUAACUCUGCUCACUCACAAGUUGCUUUCCUAUGAAGCGGUAUAUUUUUUCCCCCUGUGGUUAAGGUUGCAGUCUGUUAAAAAGCCCUGUUCUUACAUUUAUCAUAUUUGCUUGGAAUCUUUUUUUUUUUUUUUCUCUUGAAAAAUGCUGUAUUUACUCUGAGAAUGAAGAGAAGACUUCUUAAAAGACUGAAGAAGAAUUCAGAAACUCUUUAUUAUUUUUGAGGAAUAGACCUUUUCCCUGUUCCAUUUUGUCUGCAGAAAACUUUUCUCCCUGUAGCUCAAAACCAGCCUGAUACUGCCCUUCAUGCUUUCAUUACAGCUAAAUCACUUUAUCACUUUGCAGUUGAUCACUUCUACUGGUAAAGAAAGUGUAAAGACCUGCAUGGAGGAAAUCCCAUCAGGCCAGUUCUGCUGCCACUCCUUGUCAGCAGGAAUUAAAAAGUCUGAAACUUGUUUCUGUUGAGAAUAGGAAAGGGUUCGUGGAUUUCUGUGUUAAAACAAUCAUGCACUGUGAAGGCAAUGCAUUUUAUCCUACGUUGCAGUUUAGAAAGGAACCUGAGGAUCUUCCUAAUGCUCAUGGCUAUUGGAGAUAUUUGUAUCACUUAAGUAUACUUAAGUCCUGUGAGGGGAGAGAGAAAGGGAGAGCCUUCUUCAAAGUACCCGGUGCAACAACAGCCUUAGUGCAACAGAAACAAAAUCAAAGUCAAAACUAAUACUGGAAUAUUUUUUAUUCAGAUAACACUGAAUAAACACUUUGAGAUUAUCAGACUUUAAAGCAGCUAGUUUUUGAAACAAUGCAGCAUCCAAUUUCUCUAGUCUUGUGUCAUGCUAGCUGUCUGAAAAAGUAAUGCUAGUUCACAAAAAAAACAAAAAAAAAAAAGGCAAGAGUUGCUCUUUUGAGAGCUGAGAAUAGCAUUUACAAAGCUGGCAUUCUUCAGAAAUUAUACUUGGCUUUGGCAGUGAAGGCAAGAGCAAGUUAUGAUGACAGUAUAUUUAUAUCUUAGGCCUCCAAGCUAGUUCAAAAGUCUUUCUAAAGGUGAAAGGAAUUAAUCUUGCCUGGUAUGCCCCAGAGGUCUAGUUUCAAGCCAUUGCCAAAGGAUGCCUGCAGCAGAACCUGACCAGAAACGUGGUGUGCGGAGUGGUAUUCCCUAGCAAAGCCCCCAUGUUUCUCACCCGUUAUUUCUGAUCUAUGUCUUAAUUAGUCAAGCACCCAGUUUAAAAACACGCAAAUUAUUUAAGCUCUUGUCUUGAAAACAUCCUCUCGAAAUGAAACCAGGCUGGUUGUUAGCUCUGUGUUUUCCAGCUUCAGAAAGCAGGCGGUGCUUGCUGUGCAUUGCACAUUAGCAAGGAAUCCCUGCCUGGGAAGCCAGGAGCUCUGGGCUGGAGCUCUGGGGACCGGACAGUUGGUGUACAGGGCUUCUGUGGCAGUCUGUGUGGUGAAGGUUAGCUGCAGUGUACCUUGCUUAACAUGGCUAUGCAGAGACCGGCUGCCUUGGCAAGGUGAGGCAGGUUGCUGUAGGGAUUCCUCUAGACAGACUGCAUUCCCUCGAGUACAUAAUCAGGUUAGCAGCCAGCUUCCAAUCUUCUCGUACUGAAAAGCUGAAAAACAAAACAAAAUUGCAGAUUGUUUUGAAACAAACUUCCAUCAAAAAAAGUAGGAAAGAAUUUUAACUCGUAUCCUAAAAGUCUUUUCAAGUGCCUGCCCUAUGUACAAAGAGAAGCAGCAGCUAAGGGGAUCAUAAGUUUUAUGCAGUGCACCCAAUGGACAAAAACUUGAAUCUCAGAAAAGUCAGACACUGCAGACCUGCUACACCUACAAUGUCUGGUCUACAUCAGUCAGCUCUACCAUGGAUAAAGUGUCCUGCCUUUUCUUCCCCAAAGUUAGUCAUGCCAUGCAUUCCUCACAUAUGCCUGUAGGCAUGCACAGUUAUUUGCACAGGCUGUAUUGUCCCAACAAGUCUGAGAUGUACCCUGGCUCACCUGAGCAUAUCCGGACCUGUUUUCUGCACAUGCAAAAAGAUGCUUCAGGUUUCACUCAGAACAAUGGUCGGUAUCUCGUUUUAAAGCUCUUCAGCAUUUUGCUGAAGGUAGCAGCCACACCAAAGCUACUACUCAGCCCUGAAUAAACAGCAGGAGGUGCUUGGGAUGUUGCAGAAACAUAGCAGGUGCAGAUGGUGUAUGCUCUUCUGGAGACCUUCCAUAGCUCACGCAGCGUCGCCAGCGGCUGGCUCCAGAGCUCUGGCCUUGCCUGGGGGGAAUCAAGCUGUUGGCUUUUCGUAACACAGACAUAACAUGCAGUGAAACUUGAAUCUUUAAUCCAUUGUCUUGUGGCUCGAGAUGUUUUCAGGUGAUUGUCUGACCCACAGAAAUAUUUCAGAAAAACGUCAAUGCAGAGACUGACGUGUGGCAAAGGCCUUUGGGUGCCAGUCAUGCCUGUCAUCACGGAGAGCUGGACCUGGCCUAAGAACUUGUUCUCACCUCAAGCAGUGACUUUAUCUUUGAUGUUUUACUGUGUGCUCCUCAGUGUCUUUGUAUGUGCUCUGAAGAAACCCAAGCCUUGAGGAAAAUAUCUAAAAGAAAACACCGAAUGACAGCCACUUCUUUUCUUCCCUAUUCUCUCUCUUGCUCUUUCAUGUAUACUCACAAGCUUUUGAUGACAGAAAAACCAAAUACAGUUGUUACCAAGUUAAAUCCGGGGUCCUGUGGUGACUGUGCACAAAUUAACGCUAACAACUUGGGAAUGGAUAUUACUCACGGCUAAAGGCUUUAAAUUCCUGUAAGGUUGAAGCAGGACUCAAGCUCCUUUUUUUCCCCUGCAGAGGUAGCACGGUCAGUGCUAUGGGGAGGAGAGAGGAGCAGGAGGAGAAUUCCUGCAGCCUCUGCUCAUAGACAGCAGCAGCAGCGUUGCUGGGCACAAAGCAUCCAACGCAACGAGGCAAGAGAGACUCGAGGGGUCAGAGAAAUUGGAGCUGCCAAACUCAGAGGACUCUGCCUCCCAAGGAGUGGGGGAAGAGCUCCAUCAGCAUUUUGUUAUCAGUUUGGCUUCUUGUAAUAAAGCAUAUGAACUAAAAGGCUCCUCCAUCCUUCCCCCAGCUACCAACAGGCAGCAUAGAGAACAAUAUUGGCAGUCAUUCUUCACAGCCACAAGAGAAACUGUCUGCCACACGACAGUAUAAUGGGAUGGUUUGUUUGUACCCUAUGAACUUGCAGUGUAUCUACCCCCUCACAGUGUCAGAAGCCUGCAGUGCUGCUACAGAAAUAACAUGGAACCCCGCUGAACCCAACGUACUAAUGUUUUGUUAAUACUAUGCAUAUACACUAGUCUGUAGGCUAUCGCUGUGAACUGCUGUGCAAAAGCAAUGAAACACUGAGUAUCAUUUCACUGUCAAAGAGCAAUGAGCGUAAGCUUGCAAUUAUCUUUUUUUUUAUUAUUAAAUUGCGAUAACAAAAAAAAACAACCAUGCAAAUCCCUAAAAUUAAUCUGAGUUGAAACUGCCUUUUGACUGACAACCAAAGCUGUUUAUCUCCAGCAUGUCUGUUAC